AUGAAUGCAGAGAAGAAAUUCUGCUUUUCAUCUCCAGAAUUAAUAGAAGAUCCCAACUUAGAUCAGUACCUGCCAGGAGCAUCAUCCCACCCUCUUGUAGGUCUGAACAGUGAAUUCAAACUGCUUUCAGGACACAGCCUUUAUUGGUACCGACAGACCGUGGGGAAAGGCCCGGAGUUUUUGGUUUACUUCCAAAACGAGGAUGCAUUGGACAAAUCAGGGAUGACCAAUGAUCGGUUCUCUGCUGAGAGGUCUGAGGGGACUCAGUCCACUCUGCAGAUCCAGCGUGCAGAGCAGGGGGACUCGGCUGUGUACCUCUGUGCCAGCAGUCCCACCACAGUGGGGCACCGUCACCGCCUUGCUCUUCGCAAACCUCGGAAGAAGACCAGAGCCCUGAGUCAGAAGACGCACCGUCCUGUCCUGCCUGGGUCUGCCAGGGGCACCCAGCUGCUCUGCUGGGUGUCCCUCUGUCUCCUGGGGGCAGGUCCGGCGGGUGCCGAAGUCAUCCAGACACCCAGACACCUAAUCCGAGGCAGUGGGGUGAAGGCCGUGCUGAAAUGCGAACCUGUCUCUGGGCACAGCAGUGUGCGAUGGUACCAGCAGACCCUGGGGCAGGGCCCCAAGUUCCUCAUUGAGUAUUAUGAACAGGAGCUAAGAGACAAAGGAGACAUGCCGGAAGGGUUCUCAGCUCAACAGCUCAGUAACUACAGCUCCCAGCUAGACCUGAGCUUGCUGGAGCCAGGAGACUCAGCCCUGUAUCUCUGUGCCAGCAGCUAG